CAGAAAAAGGAAGCGAAAUGGAAAGGAUUUUAGUUUAAUUACUUAGCAAAUAAUAUUUUACAAAAUUAGUUAACAAAUGUUGAGUGUAUUAUGAAUAUUUAUAUUUGGGGAUGUCUCGGUUAUAGUUCUUGGAAAAAGGAAUUUUCUGGCAAUACUCUUCCUCGAAUCGAUAAAAAAAUCCGUAUCGUAAUUGCACUGUUUUUUUGUUGUUUCUGUAAUAUUUCCUUAGAAACGAGUGAUUAUUUACACAUUUUGGUUUAACAGAUAACUUGACAACGAACAAAACUAUAAUUUAUUGGUCUAAGGGCUUCUUCUGCAUAUACUUUAUCAAACUGCCUGAACAUGAAAAAAUCAAAGAAAAAAAUAUUUCGAAAAUAUGAAGAUUUUUAUAGCGUCGAUGAUCUACGUGACCCAGACACGUUUCCACGAAUUAAUUUGACAAUAAACGAUUUUGACGCGAGAGGUGGUGUGGUGAAUCCGCGCGCGCCAUGUUUGGUAACCACUAUCGAUCCAAAUUAUGUGAAGGAUGCACGCACCCAGCGUUUGGCAAGAAAAUUUCGAAUGAAAAGCGAUAUAUUACUUUUGCGCGAAAUAACACGCGAGAAGUUUAUGAUCUACUCCACACAGCAAAUGUAUUUUGAUAAAGAACGGGAAAAGAAGCGCCAGGAGGAAGAAUAUCAAGAAUUGCUCGACUUUUAUGAGUUCACAGAGAAAUCACUACUAACAGUUGAAGCAAACGCAUUCACUGAAAUGACAGCAUCAAUCGCUAAGUGGCAAGAAAUGCAAAAAUGCACUUUAGCCGACGAGCUCAAAGCGACAAUCGAAGAUCACAGGCGCGCCUUGGUCGAGGCGCAUGAAGUGUAUCAGCGCUUCUUGUAUUUGCUUAAAUUAAUUGGUUAUUUCGAUGAAAUCGACGAUGAAGCCACAGGAAGUGAGGGUAGCAGACUAGUUUUACCAAAAGAGAUUGCAGAACUUAAACCACAGAACGAAAGUGAUGCAGGCAUGAAACAAAUCGAGGUGGUUAAAAAAUAUAUGACGGCUGUUGUGCGUCCGUACUUGGCUAAGCGUAAUCACUUGAACGCGGAUGUGUGGCUGAAAGGCUUUGACUUAACCAGGAGUAAACUUUCUAAUUAUUAUAAACGCUACACAAAUUUGGCGCUAUUAAAUCAUAUUGCAGCAUUGGUAUAUGAAAAGUUUCAAAAGACACAGGCACGUUGUAAAAUUCCACCACCGCUGAAGGAUCCUAAUUUUAUGAAAGAACGCGUUGCAGCUCUGAAAAUGCGUGCUGAAAAGACUUUAGCAAAAUAUGAGAGCAAACAGAAACAGGAUACAUUAUCUUUAAAGUUGAACGCCAUAAUACCUAUAAUACUAAAGAGCUUGCAGCGCUCUGAAUUCAAAGAAAAUAAUUCCGUCGCCGACCUAGCAAAGAAAGAUGACGAACAAAGCAUACGAUCUAUUAAAUCACGUACUGAAUCGGCUUUGAGUUCAUAUAGAGAUGAGCCAGAUAUAACGUUGGCAAAAAUUGAGGAAAUCCAGGCACAGCUGCUGUCGUUACUAAAUGACUUGGAUGGCAUGCCCCCUGACCUCUGCAAGGAAGCCGAGAAACGUAUAAGGCGACGUGUAAACAUGGCAAAGGAAAAGUCACGCCGCGCCUUGGUGGAGCAAACUCGGUUACAAAACUGGAUGGCGCAUUUUAAGAAACAUGAAUUGCAGCGGCAGAGGGAUACAGCUAUUUGUGUACGCCGCAAAAUAAAAUACGAAAAUUAAAAUUGAAAGAAUACACAUCUCAAAAUACAUAUACAUACUCAAAAAAUGUUUUUAAGAGAUUGUAGCUGAUUUCUAC